AUGUCAAAUGACACUUGGGACGGAGUUCCUUUCCCGUGCUUUUAUCGAAAUACAGGCAAAGACACCGCUUCCAUAUUGGCGAGAUGGUUGGAUGGACCUUGUACAAUUGUGGCCGCGCUUUUCAUGUUUAUCGGUACCGUAUUGGCCGUACGGUUCCUCAGGAAGGCCCGUCUCAACCGCCAUCUCACUUCAGCCUUGUAUUCCCUGUGUUUUGUGGAUACCCUUCUGAUGGUUGGUGUACUAUUCUAUCGAUCGAUUGAGGCGACCGGGCGCAUCGUUCUAGGCACAAAUGUCAUGUACAAACAUCAAGCCGAGAUCGCAUUCCUUCGAGCCAUUGUUUCCGCAUCCACAACGGCUUCAACCCUGCUGGUAAUCUACAUUUCUAUACAACGAUUCGUGGUGGUGAUCCGACCAUUACGGUAUGCAAAUUGGACGCAAGAGAGGAGUUCGAGGAGUGGGCAAAGCAAGAGCAAUCCAACUGACUCCUCUUCAUCGACCGCCUAUUCCGUCCAAUUGCUCCUCCGCCUCUCUUCUAUCAAUGUUAUACGAGACAUUUCAUUUCGGACGAUGUUUGAGCCUUUUCUGAUGACGGGCAAGUGUGACUGGCAUCCAACGAACCUCUAUUUCAAGCUUAUGCAGGUUCCUUGUUGGGAUGAAGAACAUGAAGAGAUGGUGCUCAAUCUUUACACUUCAUCCCGGGAUCAGCAGAAUCUGGGUGCUCGAGCGCUGAUCAAUGCAUUGACACAGACUAUAGUCCCAGCAAUCCUCCUAGAAAGCCAGAAAACAGCGGAGUGGGCAGAGGAGCUGAAACAAAAAGUCUCUCGUGCCGUAUCCCUCUUUAUUGCGGUCAAAUUCUUGAUGUUACGCACGCUGCCCAUGUUUCUCGAUAUCAUGGAAGUGUUGGGAGUGCUGGACCACCUAGAUGAGGAGACCGAAUACUACCUCGUCCUAUCAAUUCUGUACCGAAUGUCAGAAUUCCUUGUCGUUCUCAAUUCGGCGACAAAUCCCCUGGCAUAUUUUGGGUGGAGAAGAUGGCUGCAGAAAUCGUUGAGGCUGCAGAUGAUCCGGAAAGAAGAAAAAGCGGCCACGAAACUACUGGAGACCGGGAAAAUUGAAAACGCAGUCGUUGCAGAAAAG